GAAGAGACGAGAGUAAAACAACAUCCGGCCUCCAUGUGGUGGAGGGAAAUUUCACUUUCUGUGGAUAUCGCCCUUAGCAGGUUCGUGGGUGUCUCUCGGAGUUAUUUGGCAUGUUCCUCUGUCCUGUAUCUGCCGUAGAUUGAAGGGAUGGCAUCGUGUGAGGAGCCGGAGCUGUUCUCGAAGACCCUUGUCCAGUUCUGGAUGACCAAAGUGUCUGAAUGGAGCGAGGCCACCACGCCCUCGGCCCAGCUAGACGCCUGUCGGCACCAGGAGAAGCUGAGGGACUUCCUGCAGGAGGUGCUGGGAGCCCUGCGGCUGGCGAGAUGUGCAUCGGAGGCGCUGGCGAACCUGCCCUUUGUCGGCCAGUUGCUGGGGAGGCUCUGCUCGGUCCCAUGUGUUACGGCGGAUGAGGAAAGCAGCAGCCUUCUCUUGCAGUGCCUGUGGAGUCUGUUCAGCCCAACCCCACAGAAUGCCGUCGAGCUCAAGGCCAACGACUGGAUACGGAAAACAAUGUGUCAUUUAGUUGCAGCGGACGAAGAGGGGUGGUCUGUAAUGAAACAUGUUGGACUACCUUCAAAGGAGUACCAUGUCAGCACUCUCAAAAAGAUGGUGUCCCUUCUGACUGAGGCCAUCAACAGACGCUGCAGCAGUUUCAGGAGUCCAGAGAGGUGCCUCUGUGACAGCCUUCACAGUCUGUCGCUGACCUGUGUGCCUCUGGUCACACGCCCUGAAACGGCUCCUCUGAUUGGUGCUCUCCUGCGGAGGUCUGUGACAUCAUGUGACCACACCCAGCUGAGCGAAGAGUUUGUGGAGGCAGUGUGCACUGGUUUUCUCGAUAAGAAGCUGCACCUUGAUGUCCAGACAGUGGUGGCCCUCUGGUGUCAUAACCUGUCCAGCCUGGAGAGGGCGGUGUUGAGGCUUGUGUCCUCUGUCCUCUCCGGCCCAAGAGUAGACCUGCAGACUCUAGACAAGCAGGUGAACGCCUCACUCCUGCCUCAGGCCUGUGCACAGUGUUGUCCAGUAUUUCUAGUCGCAAACGAAAUCUUCAGGUGCAUGUUGGUGGAGAUGGAGGGGAGCGCUGUGCUCCGCCUGCUCAUCCAGGCGUUCACACGCUGCUUCCUCGGAGCGCGGGCGGCCCAGGACCCAAAGGACAGACUGGCUCUGAAGAGCUUCUUCCCUCUGGUGCCUGCAAGCCUACAAAUGUCCCUCCUCACCUUACCGUCAGAGGUUCCUCAGGGCGCGUGGCUGGAGCACCUGGUGGGGAUCAGCGCUCAGCUCCAGCUGGCCAGCGCAGAGGCAGAGGGCCGCGGCGACAACGCAAGUGGCUCCGUGUUUGAGGUGUGGUUCCUGCUGCUCCAGGGCGGAGACUGGGUGGAUGUGGCGGCUCAGUUGCUGGCCUCGGCUCAGACCCACGCCGCCUCUUCUUCCUCCUCCUCCUCUUCUUCCUCUGAGUCCAAGAGCCGGGCCCUGCUGUGGCUGCUGACGUUCUUCUACCACCCCACCAACAGAGGGCACCAGAGGACACAACAGUGGGAGUGUGUGCAGCAGGUCUGGGGUGACCUGAGAGGUGUGUGUCUGAGUCCAGCGCCUUCUCCUCCUCCUUCUCAUGCGCUGGACGCCGUGGCCGAAUCACUCCUCUCCCGCGUCUCCUCCAGACUGGCCCUGCGCCUCCUCCUCAGCCUCGCCGUCUUCUCCCCGGCGCCGGGCGACGCCACCGCCGUGCAGCUCAUUCAGAAGAUGUCAGUGAAGAAGAGGGAGGCGGACGACGAAGAGGAGGAGGAGGAGGAGGAGGCAGUGAGUCUGAGACGGGAGGCAGAGUGUCUCCUGGCUGCCGUUGCGGAGCACAGACUAAAUAGCGACACCUUGGCGAGUGCCAGGGUUCAGGCGAGGUUGAGGACACUCGAGGACACCCUCUGGAAUGCAUUGUGUGUGUGAGGCGAGAGAGCGAGCGAGCGAGAGCGAGAGCGAGAAGAACGAGCGUGAGUGGGAGCGUGGGCGCCAGCGCCAGCAUGCAGCGCGUAAACAUGCCCCGUGCCCCCCGGAGAAAAAAAAAAACGGGAGAGUAAUUUAUUGCGGCGCGAGAUUCCUGCCGGGAGGGUCGAGGUGCGUUGUGAAAUACAGUCGGGUAGUAAAAUGAGGGAGGGUUCCUAAGGAGCUGAACCAUCUGCCUGUCCUGGUGUCAGGUGAUGUGUGUGUUCACACUGUGUGUGUUGUGUGAAGUUGGGUACUGGAAUUUUCACUAUUCUAUAGGGCCUUUGUUCGGGGUCUGGUUGUUAGUGUGGUAAAAAAAGAUUCCAAAGAAGAUGUUUUUGUUGUUUUUUUUGUACAAAACGUAUUUAUUUGAACAGUGUUUUCCAUUGUGUUUGUCCCACAAGUAGUAAUACAAAAAUAAACUAAAUUGA